ACAAAGAGCAGCUGAAUAGGGAUGCGGAAUCGAUACAGUGUAUAUGCAUCCGUGAUGUCCAGGGUACAGGGCGCUGCGCUACAAACACAGGUUACACAGUCAAGUCAUUCAGUUUCAUUUCUAUACCGGAGAGACCUGCCAUAUGCUGAAUGAAAAACAACAGCUCCAAUGCAACAGAACGGAACGGGGAGAUCUUUGCUGCAUGAUUUACUGUGGAUAAAUACAAAUCUCAACUGCCUGAAAUGUUAUAAAGGAUAUACAGUAUGCUGUACACGAACACGAUUAUUGAUCUCCCGGGGUUUUAUUUACUGACAACACAGACGCAUCAUCAUUUUAUUUUCAAUCGCAAAAGCAUUCUUAAUUUGGAAGACGUUCUGUGUUAAAGCAGGUCCUUGCGGAAGGAACAACAACAAAACAAUAGCUAAAUGAAGCUCGUUGAGAUUUGAUAGAUUUCAGCUUUAUACAAAAUGUAGGAAACCUUGUCCCGUGAAAGGUGCCAGCUCAGGUGUGCAGCCGCAGUGAGUGGGUAAGCAAGGGGGCGAUGACGAGAAGGGCAAGACCACCACGAGCCAAGGUGACGCUGUGCUUCGUGUUCAUGGACACUUCGUUUUAUUUUAAAGCAAACAAACCUUCAUUGAAAUGAAUGGGGAGCCACAUCCGAAGCGCUGUCGCUGCAGUUUGACCUGGCUUCAGUUUAGCUGACGAUUGGUGAUUUUGUUUCACCGACCACUCAACUGAAAACAGGAUUGAUAUUUUUAUAUUCGCAGUCCAGCUGCAGGACACCUUGCGCUUGAGAGGAUGCCUUUGAGCAGAUUCACCGCUCAGUCCGCAAGUGUCAGAUACUGGAUGAAAAGGGAAUUCAGUAUCACAAUUUGAUUUGAUUUGAUUUUAAAGCUGCACUAUUUGCAUUUUGAGCUUUUUUUUUUUUAAAUGUAUUAUUUAUACAAAUAUCUUCUCGGUAAGAUACAGUAGAGUUAACUAGCAGAACCUUACAGUGUAACUGAUUUAUAAUUUAAGACUUUUUAAAAAAAUGCUUAAUGAUCAGAUAUUUCCCCAAUGAGCUUAAAAUUAUUUUUUAGAAAUACCUAUUUAUCCCCCAGAAACUUUUAACAGUAGAAAUGUGUUUUAUUUCUGUUUGAAAUGCUCUGGUGAGUAUUGAACGGUACAAACUUCCAUGGUUAAAUAGUUUAAGUAAAGACACAAACUUUAAAUAUUUGUCUGGAAGAUUACUGAACUCCUUAAAAGAAAUUGUUAUAGAAAGUUGAGCAUUAUUAUUUUAUUAUUUUGUAAUAUUUUCAACAUAAAGACUAAAUGGAUAGCGGCUGUGGAGCCCAGCUGUAUCACUAACACCGUGCUGAAGGAAUGGAUUCUCACUGCUUUGUUUUGGCUCAAUAAUUAAAUAAACAAUUGAAUAUCAGUCUCUCGCCAUUUCAAGCUGGGUGUGUAUCUCGGAUAUGUCCCGAUCCAAUAGCGUGAGCCCUCCGGGGUUAACUGCCCCUGGACCUCGGGGUGGGACUGAACAUCGCUCUGCUUGGAGCGACUCCCACUCCAGAGCCAAUGGGUGUCCUUACUCCACUAAAUCAGCUGCCAAGAAAACCACCAGGUCCAGCAGCAGGUGGAGGUUAGAAGAGGAUUUGGAGCAGCAGCCGGGAAGGACCACAAGCACUGUGAGCCGAGUCAGCUUCAGGUCCAAGUGUGCGUGGCAAGACAAUGGAGAGGAGGGCCGCAACAACAACACAGCAGCCCCAAAGCAGGAUGGGGAGCUGAGAGGCAAGUCUGUGGAGCUCGGGCUGGAGGAGAGGAGAGGGAAGAGUGAGGAGCUGAGAGCCAAGUCUGUGGAGCUCGGGCUGGAGGAGAGGAGAGGGAAGAGUGAGGAGCUGAGAGCCAAGUCUGUGGAGCUCGGGCUGGAGGAGAGGAGAGUGAAGAGCGGAGCUGAGGAGCAGGGUCAGGAAGUGCACUUCUCCAUGGCUCAGUGUUGCAGCAGCGUGUUGCAGAUCUUCAGAUCCAAGAAGUUUCCUUCAGUGAAGCUGGAGAGGUUGUACCAGCGUUACUUCUUCAGGCUCAACCAGAGCAGCCUGACCAUGCUCAUGAGCGUCUUGGUGGUGCUGUGCACAGUGAUGCUGGGCUUCCACUGUGCAGGGGGCGGUUACAAGCUGCCCUAUGUGGUCGUCUUCACUGUUGCCAUUGCGCUCAUCAUUGUGCUCAUGAUCAUAUGUAACAGGAAUGGGUUCCACCAGGACCACAUGUGGAUCAUCUGUUACCUGGUCAUCUUGGUUGUCAUUGUGGUGCAGAUCAUUGCGGUUUUGCUGGUGGAGCCCAGAAGUGCCUCGGAGGGGAUAUGGUGGACUGUCUUCUUCAUUUACAUCAUCUACACGCUGCUGCCGAUCAGAAUGCGGGCUGCGGUCAUGAGUGGAGUUAUUCUGUCAGCUGUACACCUGACCAUCUCUUGGAAGUUAAACGAAGUGGACAGCUUUCUAUGGAAACAGCUGGUCUCCAACGUGCUGAUCUUCUCCUGCACGAACAUCGUGGGAGUGUGCACCCACUAUCCAGCAGAGGGGUCCCAGCGGCAAGCCUUCCAGGAGACCAGGGAGUGCAUCCAAGCAAGACUGCACUCGCAGAGAGAGAACCAGCAACAGGAGCGCCUCCUGCUCUCUGUUCUGCCCCGCCACGUUGCCAUGGAGAUGAAAGCUGAUAUCAAUGCCAAGCAGGAGGAUAUGAUGUUUCAUAAGAUUUACAUCCAGAAGCAUGACAACGUGAGCAUCCUCUUUGCUGACAUCGAAGGUUUCACCAGCCUGGCUUCACAAUGCACAGCGCAGGAGCUGGUCAUGACUCUCAACGAGCUGUUUGCAAGGUUCGACAAGCUGGCAGCGGAGAACCACUGUUUACGUAUCAAAAUCCUGGGCGACUGUUAUUACUGUGUGUCUGGACUGCCAGAGGCCCGGGCUGACCAUGCGCACUGCUGUGUGGAGAUGGGAGUGGACAUGAUCGAGGCUAUCUCGCUGGUGCGGGAGGUGACGGGCGUGAAUGUGAACAUGCGGGUUGGCAUUCACAGCGGCCGCGUGCACUGCGGGGUGCUGGGCCUGCGCAAGUGGCAGUUUGAUGUCUGGUCCAACGAUGUCACCCUGGCCAACCAGAUGGAAGCUGGGGGCAAAGCUGGCCGCAUCCACAUAACAAAAGCCACCCUCAACUACCUGACUGGGGAUUAUGAAGUGGAGCCUGGUUUCGGAGGCGAGCGGAAUGCUUACCUAAAGGAAAACAACAUAGAAACCUACCUCAUUGUGGGCUGCACUGAGAAGCGGAAAGAAGAGAAAGCAACGAUAGCCAAGAUGAACAGGCAGCGCACCAACUCCAUUGGACACAACACUUCCCACUGGUGCUCGGACCGGCCCUUCUACAACCAUCUCGGCACCAACCAGGUCUCCAAGGAGAUGAAAAGGAUGGGGUUUGAAGAUCCCAAGGACAAGCAUUUCAUUUUCAGAAACACGCAGGAAAGCAUGAACCCCGAGGACGAGGUGGACGAGUUCCUCGGCCGCGCCAUCGACGCCAGAAGCAUCGAUCGCUUGCGCUCGGAGCACGUCAAGAAGUUUCUCCUGACGUUCAGGGAGCCGGACCUGGAGAAAAAGUAUUCCAAGCAGGUGGAUGACAGAUUUGGAGCGUAUGUGGCCUGUGCUUCUCUCGUCUUCCUUUUCAUCUGCUUCAUACAGAUUGUUAUUGUACCACGCUCAUCGCUGAUGAUUGGUUUCUACGUGGUCUGUUUCCUUAUCCUUACAGCAGUGAUGUUUGUGUCUGCAAUCUACUCCUGUUUCAGGCUCUUCCCAGCUCAUCUGCAGACCCUCUCCAGGAAGAUCGUUCAGUCCAGGACCAACAGCACACUGGUCGGGGUCUUCACCAUCCUUCUCGUCUUUCUCUCUGCAUUCGUCAAUAUGUUCACAUGCAGCACCAAGGAUAUCCGUACCUGCGUGGCCAAGGAGUUUAACAUCACCCACAGCAGUGUGACCGCCUGCCAUGUGAGCUCUUCACACUUCAACUACACACUGGACACCAUGGAGGGGUACUGCGGGAGCACCGAGCCCAACUGCAACUUCCCUGAGUAUUUCUCGUCCAGUGUUUUGCUCAGCCUCCUCGCCUGCUCCGUGUUCCUGCAGAUUAGCAGCAUUGGCAAGCUCUUCCUCAUGCUGUUCAUGGAGCUCCUCUACGUCCUCAUUGUAGAGCUGCCGGAAGUGACCCUGUUUGACAACGCAGACAUGCUGGUCACAGCCAAUGCAAUUGGCCAGUCCAAUGGAACAUGUUUGAUGAACGACUCCAGGGUAGCUCUGAAGAUUAUGACCCCCAUCGUAAUCACAGUGUUUGUGCUUGCGCUUUAUCUGCACGCCCAGCAGGUGGAGUCCACGGCACGGCUUGACUUUCUCUGGAAACUUCAGGCUACGGAGGAGAAGGAGGAGAUGGAGGAGCUGCAGGCCUACAACAGGAGGCUGCUGCACAACAUCCUGCCCAAGGACGUGGCCGCCCAUUUCCUGGCCCGUGAGCGGCGCAACGACGAGCUGUACUACCAGUCCUGCGAGUGCGUGGCCGUCAUGUUCGCCUCCAUCAGCAACUUCUCUGAGUUCUACGUGGAGCUGGAGGCCAACAACGAGGGCGUGGAGUGCCUGCGGCUGCUGAACGAGAUCAUCGCUGACUUCGACGAGAUAAUCAGUGAGGACCAGUUCCGGCAGCUGGAGAAGAUUAAGACCAUCGGCAGCACGUACAUGGCUGCCUCGGGCCUGAACGACUCCACCUACGACAAGCCGGGGAAGACACACAUCAAAGCGCUGGCUGACUACGCCAUGAGGUUAAUGGACCAGAUGAAGUACAUUAAUGAGCACUCCUUCAACAACUUCCAGAUGAAGAUAGGUCUCAAUAUCGGCCCGGUCGUGGCUGGGGUCAUUGGUGCAAGGAAGCCUCAGUAUGACAUCUGGGGGAACACAGUGAAUGUAGCCAGUCGCAUGGACAGCACAGGAGUGCCUGAAAGGAUACAGGUGACCACAGACAUGUACCAGGUUCUGAGUGGUUACAACUAUACACUAGAAUGUCGAGGUGUGGUAAAGGUCAAAGGGAAAGGUGAAAUGAUGACCUACUUCCUGAACGCAGGACCGCCCAGCAGUUAACAGAACACCUUUUAUUAUUUUUUAUUAUUUUUUAUUAUUAUUUUUUUAUAUUGUUGAAACCGCUGGGUUGUGGGUCCCAGUAGAAGACCUGUCUAAGCAGUGAAGCGCAAGACAGUACAGAUCUCGACCGACCUGCUGAGCAGAACGUGAUGGGCUAUCCCGACGCUGGGAGACACUGGGAGCCAGGCAUGGCGGUAAAGGAAAGGGCCGCCUCCUUAUGGAUGUUGUCAGUGGAGAGGCAGGCCAAGCGAAAGUGACCAAAGAUUUCUUGACAGACUUGUUUUUCAGUGGACCAUGCUGUUGCUGCUGCUGCUAGGAAGAGGGGCACAACAAGGCAAAGAACCUGCUUUCACAGCACCUUUCAUGAUAUGAAGGAAGCGAAUCAGUAUUUAAAGGUUUUCAAAGCAAAUCAUAAAGCCCUGGACGUGCUGCGAUCUGCAGACUCUGGUAAACCUGCACACCGCAGUCAUGCUGGGAGGGUUUGUGCUGCCUCGUAGGACCCAGGCUACACAACACAAAGCUGCAUGGAGAUUCAAACUGGCCAGUGGCCACUACAACAGAAUGGUUGGUUUGUUUGUUUGUUUGUUUGUCGUCUGAUGAGGCUGCUUUCCCCAGAGUAACUGUCGCUAAUGCAAACCUAUGACAAGAAACUUCAUAUGUGAGGACUCUUAACACAAUGGAACACAGUAAUGCAAAUCUAUUCUCUUUUGAGUAUUUGAGUUUACAUUUUUCUUGAUGUGUAAACUCCAGAAACUUUAAAUUAAAAUGGAAAAAAAGCUCCAAAAACAGCUGCUUUUUGUAUUUUUGUCAUUUUGUAUUAUGACAAGACAAAUCUAGCAGACACCUGAGAUUCUAUAUUUUGUAAAGUAUUAUAUUAGAUGAAUACACCAUGUGUAUUAGGGAGUAUAUAGACGCAAUCAGUUUUUAGGUCCCUAAUAUGAAGUUCUUUUUGUUUUUGUUUUGUUUUUUGAAGUGUGUUUGAACAGUUUCUCUUUCAAUCCACCUUCUUGCUAUUCAUAGAGAUAUUUCCCCCACACUCCCAGAAGCUGCUGUAUUCAAGUCCAGUGGUGCUGAUGGUAGUCCUCACAAGAUGUUUGGUAGAUCAGUCUGAAAUAAGGACGUGUCUCUGGCUCCUUCAUAAAGGACAUUCAUGAAGAACGAAAUGGUUCCAGUAACUGUAUUUGUAUUUGUAUUUGUAUUAUUAUUAUUAUUAUUAUUAUUAUUAUUAUUAUUAUCAUUAACAUUAACAUUAACUGGUGGACAAAGCCAGUGAUGUACCUCAGUAACAUUGAGUUCAAUUGUCUUUAGCUUUUUGUUCUUUUUGUACUGAAAGUGCUUUACUGAGGGCAAUCUUCAUAAAACUUAAGAGUGUGUUUUAGUUGAAUUUCUACAGCUCUAUUCUUUUAGAAACUGCACAAAGUGAGAUUGUGUGCGAUAUAAAACUGAGCUAGACAGUAGGAGACUUUUCUCAAAGGCGCAUUUGCUUAAGUAUUUCAUAACUAUUCCAAUCCUAGUUUAAAACACUAUGCUGCAAUUAACUGCUAUAAUGCUGAGGGAAAAGACCAGCUAUUCUAAUGUGUUAAAACAUUAUUAUUACACAAUUAAACAACAAACAUUGCUUAUUUUAAUUUGAAAAGGGUAAGAGUAUACUGAAGCGAUGUGCAACUUGUUUUUACUGUGCAGCUCCAGCAGGUGGGGCUGUUGAGUUUUCUGUUACUCUGCCUGUUCAAACUCAUUUGUAACCUGUGUGUUUCUAAUAGCACAGCACCAGCAUAUCCACUCAGGAGCCUACAGCUAACCUAACAAGAUACCCCUAAGCUGCUAAAGCUCUCAAUAGUUGCACCCAAUCUUACCUGUGUAGCAGGAACACAUUUCUUGUGUGUUCCUGCAAUUAUUAAGAACAUAAGAAAGUUUACAAACGAGAGGAGGCCAUUCAGCCCAUCUUGCUCAUUUGGUUGUUAGUAGCUUAUUGAUCCCAGAAUCUCAUCAAGCAGCUUCUAGAAGGAUGCCAGGGUGUCAGCUUCAAAAACAUUACUGGGGAGUUCGUUCCAGCAAUAUCCUUUUUGUAACAAGAUGACCAGAACUGAACACAAUAUUCUAGAUGAGGUCUUACUAAUGCAUUGUAAAGUUUUAACAUUACUUCCCUUGAUUUAAAUUCAACACUUUUCACUAUAUAUCUGAGCAUCUUCAAUUUCAGUAUUUCCCAUAUGAUAUUUAUAAUGCACAUUUGUAUUGCCUGCGUGCAGUACCUUGCACUUUUCUCUAUUAAAUGUCAUUUGCCAUGUGUCUGCCCAGCGUUUUAAAGCGUUUUCCCCACACUAGCUCAGCAGUACAAGGUACAAUAAUAAAUCCACGUCGAUCUUUCACAGCGUUUCAAGGGCAUUGCACCAGUAUGGAUAGCGUGUACCCAAAAGCACAUACCCUGUAAACUUCACACCUCCCAGACUGAAGAUCUUUAUAAUAUAAAGCCUUUGCUUACAAAACAACUUGACUAGAUUGUUUUGAUAUGUUGGUGGGGGAAAAAAUGAUCAUCCAAAAAAGAUGCCCCGCCCACAGGACCCUGCCCAACUCUGGUUGCCAUGUCACCAAAAGAAUUGUCAUGACAACCAGAAUACAAUGGCACAGCACUGGUGUUCUCUGCUUAAGAGUUACAAAAAGACAUUGGUAAAUAAACACCAGGGUUGUGGUUCAGGCCUUGUCUUGUGUGUUGGAAAUAGUAUCCAGUCCCAAUCUGCCCCUACAUCGUGUACACCGCCUUCUGACUCAACCAACUCUAUUAAAACCAAACAUCAAGCAGUGAAUCUGAAUCAUUUUUAGUGUAACAAUGUUUAAGACACCAGGGACAAAGACUGUAUUGGGAUUCCCCACAGUUCACAGCAAACAUUGGGUGCUGUUUUCAGAAAACAAUAUUAUUGUGUUUACUGGAUGCAACACAAUCUACCCAGUAUAACAACCGUAUACUACAUGUGCACAAGCGUUUCAAACUAUUUCCAGAACAGAUUAUAAAUCCAGUUCAUUAACAAUGCCAAACGAAUGCAUCAGAUGACACUGACGAAACAUUACCUGAAGGGAUACUUUCUACAUCACUGAAGAUACUACACAUUUCAGGAGUUAAUCUACACUAGUGAUACAUUUCAAAUUCAGCGACAGAACAAGCCCAGUACGUCCACAUGUACUGUAUGUUUUACUAUACUCAUUAAAGCUCAUUAAAAGCAAGCGGUUCAUGAGGCAGGAUAUCUUGACCUUUCUGAAGCACGUCUGUAAACGCACUGGUGGGACUAGCUGCUGUCACCGCAUUUACAGACAGCAUGUACUCAGAAUCAGGAGAGGUUAGCCGUUCUGUAAAGUUGCAGGAGUAACUUCUUCCUCAAG